AUGCGCUUCCGCAGCGAUAACCUUCGGGAUCACUAUACCGACUGCAGUCAGCGCGGCGAUCGCAAGAUACCCGAAACCGGCCAGCGAGGCCGCCGGCGCCAUGCGUGUCAAUCGUGUACUGCGAUGAAAUUGCGCUGUGACGGCAACACCCCAUGCGAAUCCUGCGUGAAGAGAGGCUUCAUCUGUGAGAAUGCGAAUGGGCCCAGUCCAGCGCCGAGUAUUGAAGAUGGAAAACUCUCACCCAACCCUGGCUCUCGAAGACCGCCACUAUACAGACAGCCGUCAGAUCGCGGGUCGAUCAAAUUCCUGCUGAAUGGCGGCACUGAAUCAUUCACCGAGGGGUUCAGACUACCACCGCGAAACGACGCGGAACGAAACUUGGUAUACAAUCAGAAAGGCACGCUGGAAGAGAGUAGUCCUGAUGCGGAGAUUUUCCAACCUGUCAACAUUGGCAUGCAGGGUGACCAGGCUGGGUUUCCCGCGGAUUUUGGAGGACCUGACCCCAGCAAUCUGCAAUUCUACCCAGACACUUUCGUGGACUUCUUCAACGGUCCAUUUGGCGAACACAAAAACAUGGAAGGUCCUUACCAGUUACCGAACGCUUUUCCGACAUCGUUCGCGACAGUGCCCAAUGGACAAUUGGCGUUACCCGGACAGACGACUAUUUUCGAGCCCGAGCAGCCUUUCGCCAUGGCUUUAGUCCAAAAUAUCAUGGCGCGUGUCUGGACAUUACCUUUGGAUGCGAAAACGCAGGAGGAAAUUUCAGCGAAUCUUGGCCUUUUGCUCACUACGGCCCGCGUCCGCAAAUUCGUCUCGCUCUACUUCAAGUACUGGCAGCCAAGCUGCGCCAUGAUCCACGUCCCCACCUUCAACUUGGAGACCGUCGGGACACCUCUACUGGCUGCAGUCACGUUCUUCGGGGCAAUGUACAGCUCCGAUCCAAAGGAAGCACACUUGGCCAAGCGAAUGCUGGAUAUUGCCGAACUGUACAUCUUCUCCAGUCAUAUGUAUUCGCCUGAAUUCGAGGUCGCCAGCACUUACACUGGGGCUCCGAGUCUGGAGGACGAAGCCUCUGACUGGACGAGAUUUCAGACGUUUCAAGCCGGCUUUGUCAUUCUCAUUGUUCAGUACUGGGCUGGAAGUCGGUCCUCCAAGAAUCGGGCAAUGGAAAAUCGAUUCAGUGAGGUUUUAAAGGUCGCCCGCCGUCUGAAACUUGUGAGAAUUCGACAUGCGCUGGACGGGGAAGAGUAUGAUGAGCAGUUGUGGAUUCAAAGGGAGUGUCGUAUACGGACAAUCAGUCUCAUGUCAUUGCUGGACUGCGCUUUCUUCUUCUACCAGAAUUAUCCGUGUCGCCUGACGCAUCGAGAAUUAGAAAGCGAACUGCCAUGUGAAGAGGCUCUUUUCCGGUCUCCCCAUCCAUUUCAAGAUCCAAACUUUCGAUUCUCGCGUGAUUUGUCCAUCUUUGAGGCCUUUCAACACAUGUUCGAAAGCCCCCCACAAGGAAGUCCGGCACCUUCGGCGUCUAGCACACGCUUGCAGCUCACUAUCUUGGACAUGUUUAUUGUCAUUCACGUGCUUUUCGCAUUCAUCAACACACACAUGACUCUGGUGGGCUUGAUCAGGCGCCAAGCUCUCGCCCUACAGCCCGUCCAAGGAGAGGGCAGCAUGACUCUGAGUAUGAUUCCCGAAGACUCAAUACUAGGCUCUAUCCGCACGGCCCUGAAUCGCUGGCGUGACUACUGGAUCUCCCUGAGCCGCCAAGUCCCCAAGGACGAAUGGGCCUCGAUGGGUUUCUACAAAAACGGGUAUAAUUUCUGGCUCGUUUCCCAAUUACUCAUCACCAAAAAGGAUGCCGUUGAUGUCAUCAUGCAGAUGGAAGUGCAUUGUGAGGACAAGCUUGAGAAGCUCAAGGUCCUGUUACAGGAUGAAUGA